AUGGAUGUUGCUGAAGUUAAAUCAUGGGAUUACCCUCCAAGACUUUACCCUGAAGGAUCUUCUAACCUGGAAAAAAAAGAUAUUAAUCACAAUUUCCGUCUAGGAAAUUUCCCCCACAUUAGAGAAACAAUUGGACUUCAUGUAUGGGAAGAAAUGGUGAACUCUCCCAUUGGAAUAGUUGCUAGGCUAGCUGGAUGCGAAAGCGUAUGGUUUAGCUUGCUCGAGUUUGGUGAGAUCACUGGGUUAAACACAGGUCCAUUGCCAACAGAAAGGUUUGAACCUGAUCAAUACAAAGAGUUUUGGGAGGAGUUGAAGGUGCCGCUUGGGAUGGGACCCAAGUUAGAUGAACUGAAGGAAGCAUUAGCGUUCUGUCCGCUUUGGAGUUUUGAAAAGCGGUAUUCGACGAUGAAGCCAUGGGGUCGGACUGCAUACGAAGUUCUCAUUGACUCUAUUAAAACGUUGGCUCCAGAAGGAGGGUCAUACACAAUAAGCGGCAUGACCGUCGCGUUAUUGAUUUGGGCGUAUGAAUCGUCGUCUGCUUCGCGUACACGUGCAAGUUUUGAUAACUUGUUGGCUGCCGAAAUCAAAGAGCAUGGCGAGGUGCGUGUGAGGAGAAUUGUUUUGAAGGACUCAAUUGAAGAGAUGUAUCCUAAAUGGCCGGGUAGAUUUGUGAAAAGUUUUUGGGAAGUGCAUGGGAAUACACAGGGUAAUGCGCAGGGGAAGGGGAAUGAGAAGAAGAAGAAAAUGAAGGGUGGAGUUUCGUCAGAAGCUGAGCCACCCACUAAGAAGCAGAAGAAAGUUAAGACACAGAAUGAGUCUGAAGUUGCUGCAGCGGGAAAGGGUUUUAGCGAGAAGGAAGGUAGCAAAGAUUUGGAGUUGGAGAACAAAGCGACUCUGAGGACCAUUGUGAGUACUCUGGAUAAUAUUUCCAGGAAAUUUGAGCAGUUUGACUCACAGUUGGAAGCUUACGAGUUAGACCGGAACAUACCAUUGAUGGACCAAAAGACCAUUGAUGACAGCGUGAAAGCUUUACUGGAGGAGCGUCUGAAAGUGUUGGGAGUUGGGAAAAUUCCCGAAAACAAUGAUAACCCCUCUCCACCAUCAGCAGAUAAAUCUUUAACGUUGGCAUCACCGCGUGUUCAAACGCAGCAGAAUUCUGUCAAUAGUCCAGCGUUAGCUGCGACUCCUGUUUCUCCUUCAAAGGCUACUAAGGAUGAUAAGGAUGCUAAGGUUCCAGCCUAUGGACGCGGCUGCAGGGGCAAACAUAUUGUUAAGGGUGAGGAAGCCGAUGAGAAGAAAAAAGCAGCGCAGGCAGAUGCUUCGUUUAAGAGGAAGGAGAAGGCUGAGGCUAAGAAAAAAGCGACUGAGGCUAAGAAAAAAGCGACUGAAGCUAAGAAAAAAGAGGCUAAGGCUAAGAAAAAAGAGGUUGAAGAUAAGAAAAAAGAGGCUGAGGGUAAGAAGAAACAAAAGGCUGUGGGUAAGAAAAAAGAGGAUGUGCUAAAGAAGCGAAAACAGGCUGAGUCAAAGAACAAAGAGGUGACUCCAUAUGGAGAGGACAGUGUAUUUGCUGAUGUGACUAACGAAGUUGUUGGAGGAGAGAACGAAUUCGCGCCGGAGUCUGACGUCGAGGGAUCUAAACUGGCGGCAGUUUCUUCACCAGCAGUUUUUCCGUAUGUAGGAGAGAAUGGAACGGCGUGCGUGAGGAAAACUGUUACUCCUUCAUCAGUAAUAUAUGACCCUCUAGCACCUGUUGAUCCGGUGCUACUCGAAAAACUGAUGCAACACAUUAAGGAAAUUCCACCCAAACCACCAGCACCAGCAGAUAAACCAGCAGUUCUCUCCGCUGAUCAUGAGGGUGAUUUCUACAGCAUACUCAUCCAUGAAAGACCGUGGCCGGAAAAGGAAUAUGGAGGGGUGUUUGAUAAUGGUAAGCUUCCCGAUCACUGUCCAACAAACUUGAAGUGGUAUGAAGAUGUGGAUCACUUGUACGGAUGUCUUCAAACCGGCGGAAAUCACUGGGUUGCGUAUCAUGUGGAUCUGAAGAAGGAGAAGAUUGAUUGCUACGAUCCAAUCUUUGGAGAGGUAACACACGGAAGUGAGCAGAGAAUUCUAAAUUCAUUUAAACCGCUGAUGCACAUGAUUCCGUAUAUGUUGAGUGAGCAUAUUCCUGCAAAUAUCCGAGCCCCUAGUAAGAAGAAGUUCUCAUUCAGAAGGAGGAGCAAAAGAUGCACUCCACAAAACACCCAGAUUGGCGAUUGCGGGGUGUAUUCGUUGAAGUUUGUGGAGUGUCUAGCGCUUGGUGUAACGUUUGAUGGGAUAAACGAUAAAAUAUUCAAGGUUUACGGAUGA